GCGGUGCAGCUUUUACCGAGUUGUUUCUACCGUAAACAUUAGUAGAGGAAGCUAGCGAGCUGUAAACAAAGCUGAGUCGCAAACCUGUUCGACAACUAUUAAACCCCCUGGUGUGAUGAGAUAUGAUCAGACAUACUUCUGCGUAACACUAAAGGCUCUCCGGACUCUGGCGGUCACUCGUCCAUGAGCAGCAGCAGCAGCAGUUCAGUCCGGCCCCCGGGACCUGCCAUGACCCGGCCUGCGGUCUGACGGAUCGAUGAUGGCUGCAGAGCUGUUUCCCACCAAGAAGCUGGUCCCCUCCGCCUCAGCGAGCAGCACCACCUCCUCCUCCUCCAUCCAGCAGUACCAGCAGCAGAACCUGACCAACAACAACACCAGCACCAGCACCAGCACCACCGGCCAGGCCUGCUGCAACUGGCAGGGCCUGUACCCGACAAUUCGGGAGAGGAAUUCAGUCAUGUUCAACAAUGAGACGAUGGCAGAUGUUCACUUUGUGGUUGGGCCGCCUGGCGGGACGCAGCGAGUACCAGGGCACAAGUACGUCCUGGCUGUCGGCAGCUCGGUGUUCCACGCCAUGUUUUAUGGAGAACUGGCCGAGGAUCAGGAUGAGAUCCGGAUCCCUGACGUGGAGCCUCCUUCAUUCCUGGCCAUGUUGAAGUACAUCUACUGUGAUGAGAUCGACCUGUGCGCCGACACGGUCCUCGCCACCCUCUACGCCUCCAAAAAGUACAUCGUGCCUCACCUGGCCCGGGCCUGCGUCAGCUUCCUGGAGACGAGCCUGAGCGCCAAGAACGCCUGCGUGCUGCUGUCUCAGAGCUGCCUGUUCGAGGAGCCCGACCUGACGCAGCGCUGCUGGGAGGUGAUCGACGCUCAGGCCGAGCUCGCUCUGCGCUCUGAAGGCUUCUGCGACAUCGACACCCAGACACUGGAGAGCAUCCUGCGGCGGGAGACGCUCAACGCCAAAGAGAUGGUGGUGUUUGAGGCGGCGCUGAACUGGGCUGAGGCCGAGUGUCAACGGCAAGACAUGACGCCGACUAUAGAGAACAAGCGCCUGGUCCUGGGGAAGGCCAUCUACCUGAUCCGCAUCCCCACCAUGGCGCUAGAGGACUUUGCCAACGGGGCAGCGCAGUCCGGUGUGCUCACGCUCAACGAGACCAACGACAUCUUCCUGUGGUACACCGCCGCCAACAAGCCUGAACUGUUGUUCUGCACAAAACCUCGGAAAGGCCUGUCACCGCAGCGCUGCCACCGCUUCCAGUCCUGCGCCUACAGGAGCAACCAGUGGCGCUACCGAGGCCGCUGCGACAGUAUCCAGUUCGCCGUGGACAAGCGUGUCUUCAUCGCCGGCUUCGGCCUGUACGGCUCCAGCUGCGGUUCGGCCGAGUACAGCGCCAAGAUCGAGUUGAAGCGUCAGGGCGUGCCGAUGGCCCAGAGGAUCAUCAAGUACUUCUCGGACGGCUCCAGCAGCACCUUCCCCGUGUGGUUCGACUACCCGGUGCAGAUCGAGCCCGACACCUUCUACACCGCCAGCGUGGUGCUGGACGGCAACGAGCUCAGCUACUUCGGCCAGGAAGGCAUGACAGAGGUGCAGUGUGGGAAAGUGACCUUCCAGUUCCAGUGCUCCUCGGACAGCACCAAUGGCACCGGGGUGCAGGGAGGCCAGAUCCCCGAACUUAUCUUCUACGCCUGAGCCGUGCUGGAGGGAGGACGCCGCAGAGAUUCCCGUUUCACUGCCAUGUAGUCUUUUUAUUUUGAAAGUUUGGAGACGUUCUGAGGAAGCUGCUAGAGGACAGAGGCGCUCCUGGAUUUACUGCGGAGCCUUCGAGAUGCUUGAGGACAGUUUGAUUAGAACAUGAAGACACGGUCAAGAAGACCGGAGCCUCACAUUCCUUCACUAUCUGUUUUGUUGUUUUGUUUCACAGCAGCUGUUGUUGUCGUUACCGCUGUUUCCGUUUAUUAGUUAAAGGUAAAGCAGGAGUUACACAACUAUCAAAAUACACGUAAAGAAAACCCAGACACAGCAGAGACUGUCUGUUAUUGGUUAAUGCAGUGAAUUAAAUACCUGACUAUGAAAAUCCAAUAUUUCCAUAAAGAUCAUUGUCUCACCGUCCUGUCAGGAGGCGGGUCUGUGCCCAAAAUCUGUAAACAGCAAUGUUGAAAAACAUCACUUUAAUUGUUAUUAAUCUAUUUUUUUUUUUUAUCAUUAUCAAUCUCGUAGAAAACUUCAACACAUUCAGAUGAAUUGAUUUUAAUUCAGUAAUCGAGUAAUCAUUUGAGCGCUAAGUGUAAACCUGAAGUAGACGAGGCAGCUGCACAGCAGAUUUUAUUACAGCUAGACUCAGUGUUUUGAAUGCACUCCUAAAUGUGUUUUAAAAGUGCAAUAAAAUACAAACUACUGUCACGGUUCAUGUACUGCUGUCUCCCCUCUACAGUAACAGGUUUCUUACCUUAAAGAUGACGUGCAGAGUUUUGUCAGGAGACGAAGGAUGAACGGCGCGUUUAUAAACUGACACUAUAUUAGAUAUCAGUCCUCCUCUUCUGACGUUCAGACUUCGGUUGAAUUUAAAAUAUUCCUGCUGUAACUGAAGAACUGAAGGACUUGAUGAAGCACUACUUUUUAACCUGUGCAGGUGUGUUUACCGUCUGUUUCUUGUGAUUUAAUAAAAGCUGAAUAUAAACACAGACAGCUGAUCACAUCCUGUCUGUAACUCCAGUUUUAGACACUAGUUCAGAUAUACUUUAACCUUCCUCUCCUUUUCUGUACUGUCUUUGCUUUCUGGGCUUAAAUGUGACAUUUCAGCCAUAAUCCACCUGAACGUCUACCUGCCUGCAGUAUAACAGCUAAUCUGAAAGGAUUUUAACUAUACCUAUACUUUAUUUGUGUUGUAUGUAAAGAACUGUAUUCCAGAUGUCACAGCCAACUUUCCCUGUGCUUUUAUUUUUAAAAAUCAUGCCAUUAUUGUUUUGUUAAUGGUGUAAAUAUCUCUGACUGUGUUGGCUCACUUCUUCGUCUGCCCUCUUUGAAAACGGAAAACCCUGUUUUAUAUGAUUCUAUAUUGAAGAAACAUAUUUUUGGACGCCUUUUGUUUCCUUGUUAUCUGAUUCCACCCAGAAUGUGCAGUGAGUCGGUGGCCUUAUGGAUGUGGUGUUGUGACAAAUUUGGAAAUAAAAGGUUCAGUUCUGA